UUAAUAUUUUAGCGGAAAAGAUUUCAUUAUAAGAUUAAAUAGGUUCACUUGACUAUUUUAGCGAAAAAUAUUUCAUCAUAGGAUUUUGUAAACUUUAAAUAUUUAAGCGAAAAGAUCUCGUCAUAUGAUUAGAAAUGUACCAGUCAGUGGCGCAGUGGUUAAAAGGUUGGACUACAACGCCAGCGGUCCUGGUUCGAUUCCCGGAUGCGGCUGAUACUCCGUCUAGUGUCUAGUUCUGUGUGAUUUGCUUAAACUGGUACUGUUUUCAGCAGUAUCGGCUUAGACUGGAUACUGGGGAGGUAAAUAUGACGCUUGCCGUGGGCUCGGCUGGAAAUAUGAACAUGAAUUCGUGGAUUUUAAAUGUUUAAAAAGCAAUACGUUUUACCUUUUUUUGUUUAUAUAAUCACAUAGCGUGGAUUAUUGUAACCAAGUAUAUUCCUGUAUGAAUUCUAAUGAUUUAAAGGUAUGUUACUUUAGCCAAAAGCUGGAAAUUAUACUCCCCCAUCCGUAAUUAUUUUCAUUUAUGUUUACUGUUAACCUUAAAUAUAAGCUAUCAGAAAUUAAAUAUGUGUAGAAACAGACGGCGAUUCGUUUCUUGUAUACAAAUAAAAAAAAUAAAACUGCCAUUUGAUACCAACUUAAAUGUGCAAUUACUUUACAGAAGAUUACUUUAUAGAAGGUUGCUUUACGGAAGCAGUAAGAAAGUUAUUUACAGCAUCAUGUUGUUUUCUUGGCCACAAUGCUUCACAAUGAGGCACUGGAGAUUUUCCAAUUUCCGAUUUUUAAGCAAUUUUAACCGUAUCAGGCAAAACGAAAACGCCGAGGUUUACCAACCGUUUUAUUACUUAAUCAAGGUUAAACAAGCUACAAUAUUACUCUCUUGCUAAAGAAUACAUUUUAGUGCCUAGAUGUUUGCGCCGCAAAUAUUAGAUAAAAUUAUUUCAGACAAGUUUAGGGGUAAAUUUUGUAUUUGACCGGAUCUUCUUCGGUGGAAGGAUGUUGAAUAUCAUUUUAUCUUAUGUUGCAGUAACGUCUGUAUUAAUAGUUAGAGGGAUAUAUGGUGAUUGUUUAGGACCAGAGUUGAAACUUUUGUCAGACGAUCCACGUCGCACAUGUAUAGAAAAAGUUGCAUCACCAGAGAGAAUAGAAUACAAAUGCUCAUCUCUGAUAAAGGGUUUUCCAAAAGCUAUGAUCAAGUAUUGUCCAGUAGAGUUGUGUAUGAAGAAUGGCACUUGGUCCAAGCCUUCAAUAUCAUGUGCAUUGUCAGAAUGUUACCAGGAAGGAAAAUCUAUGGACUAUGUCGGACACAGGAUGUGCACAAGCAGUGGUCGCCAUUGUCAGCGUUGGGAUGCACUAGAACCACAUAAACAUAAAUUUGGGAAGUCGGAGAUGUUUCCUGACUAUUCCAUUCAGCUUGCAGAGGCUUAUUGCCGAGAUCCCGGUGGUACACAGGGGGCUCCAUGGUGCUUCACCACCGAUCCCAACAAGAAAAUGGAAUUCUGUGAUAUUAUGAAGUGUUCAGAGAUCAAACAAAUGGACGGGUCUUGCGGACCAGUACAGCAAGAGAAGGAUAAACAAACGCUCGAUGACGAUGAAGUUGAAAACGCUGCAGACUCUUCUGCCAAUGAGAAGAAUUUAUCUGAAAAAUCAACAGAUGACAAGAUCGGAUUUGAUGAUACAGAUCCUUUGAAGAGAUGCCCUAGUGAACAUGAGAUUUUUAAAAUGCAGAAAGACUACAGAAUCCGUGGCAAGGUAGUACAAGAGACACAUGAACGUAGUACUCUUGAGUGUGCGACUUUCUGCUCUCGUAAGAAUAUUUGCCGUGCCUUCACAUUUCGCCCCGGAAAUGGAGCAUGUAUACUACAUGGCGGCAAAGAGUACAUAGCGGUAAAAAAGAGAGGGUAUACAGCCGGAGUAAAGACCUGCAAUUUGUAAGAAUUCAUAACACAGGAUGAUUUCACAUUUAGAGUCUGCAGUGAGAUACGUGGUAGUAGACUCGUGGUGUACUUAGAUCGGUAUUCAUCGACGCUUAGACUUGUUGUAACACUUGUAAAGAAAUAAUAUUUGAAUAGAAUACUUUUUCUAUAG